GCCGCGCCCCGGGGCCAUGCGGGGCCCGGCGGGGGCCGAGGGGGAGCCGCGGGACGAGAUGGAGAACGAGGAGGAGCUGUCAGAAGAAGAGGAUGGAGUGCUGGAAGGGCUGGAGGAAUUUUAUCCAGAGGAGCAGGUAACUGCGCAGAAGAAAAAGAAAUCCAAAAAGCUGAAAGAAAACAAGACUUCCAAAGUCAAGAGAAGGAAGAAAGAGGGGAGCAAUGAUGAAAUAUCUGAAAACGAAGAGGAACUGGAGGAGAAAUCUGAGAGCGAAGGAAGUGACUAUUCGCCCAACAAAAAGAAGAAGAAGAAGCUCAAAGAAAAGAAAGAGAAAAAAGCCAAGCGGAAGAAGAAAGAUGAAGAGGAGGAUGAUAACGAGGAAGGAGGUUUAAAGGAGCCCAAGAGCUCAGCGCAGCUAAUGGAGGAAUGGGGCCUUGACGAUGUGGAUUAUAUGUUCUCAGAAGAAGAUUACCAUACUCUGACUAAUUACAAGGCUUUCAGUCAGUUUCUCAGGCCUCUCAUUGCCAAGAAGAACCCCAAAAUCCCCAUGUCCAAGAUGAUGACGGUGCUUGGUGCCAAAUGGCGAGAGUUCAGUGCCAACAACCCGUUCAAAGGCAGCUCGGCCGCGGCGGCGGCGGCUGCAGUGGCUGCAGCCGUGGAAACAGUCACCAUUGCACCCCAGCUUUCUGCCAGCCCUCAGCAGUCUGCUCUGCCCAUGGCCAUCAGGAAAGCGAAAACCAAGGAGGGCAAAGGUCCAGGAGUGCGGAAGAAAAUCAAGGGCUCCAAAGAUGGGAAGAAAAAGGGGAAGGGGAAAAAGAUGGCGGGCCUGAAAUUCCGGUUUGGAGGAAUCGCCAACAAAAGGAAAAAAGGCUCCUCAAGUGAAGAGGAGGAGCGGGAGGAGUCGGACUUUGACAGCGCCAGCAUCAACAGCUCUUCGGUGCGCUCCGAAUGCUCGGCGGGCUUGGGAAAGAGAGGGAAGAGGAGGAGAAAGAAAAAGAGGAUUGACGAAGGGGAUGGAUAUGAGACCGACCACCAGGAUUACUGCGAAGUCUGCCAGCAGGGAGGGGAGAUUAUCCUGUGCGACACUUGUCCUCGCGCCUAUCACCUCGUCUGCCUAGAUCCUGAGCUGGAGAAAGCGCCGGAGGGCAAGUGGAGCUGCCCUCACUGUGAGAAGGAAGGGAUCCAGUGGGAGCCGAAGGAAGAGGAGGAGGAGGAGGAGGAAGGAGGCGAAGAGGAGGAGGAUGAUCACAUGGAGUUUUGCCGUGUGUGUAAGGAUGGGGGGGAGCUGCUGUGCUGUGACACCUGCCCAUCUUCCUACCACCUGCAUUGUCUGAACCCGCCUCUGCCGGAAAUCCCAAACGGUGAAUGGCUCUGCCCGCGCUGUACAUGCCCUCCCUUAAAAGGCAAAGUCCAACGCAUCCUGCACUGGGUCUGGAGAGAGCCCCCUGCCCCCUUCCUGUCUGGGCUCCGUCCGCCUGACCUGGAGCUGUCUGUCCCUCCACCAAAGCCCCUGGAGGGGAUCCCGGAGCGGGAGUUCUUUGUGAAGUGGGCAGGACUCUCCUUCUGGCACUGCUCCUGGGUCAAAGAGCUGCAGCUGGAGCUCUACCACACCGUGAUGUACCGCAACUACCAAAGAAAGAACGACAUGGACGAGCCCCCGGCCUUCGACUACGGCUCCGGGGACGAGGACGGCAAAAGCGAGAAGCGGAAGAACAAAGACCCGCAGUACGUCAAGAUGGAGGAGAAGUACUAUCGCUACGGCAUCAAACCCGAGUGGAUGAUGAUUCACCGAAUCCUGAAUCACAGCUUUGAUAAAAAGGGAGAUGUCCAUUACCUGAUCAAGUGGAAAGAUUUACCCUACGACCAGUGUACCUGGGAGAUUGAUGACAUAGACAUCCCCUACUAUGAAAACCUGAAACAGAUUUACUGGAAUCACAGGGAGCUGAUGCUGGGGGAUGAUAUCCAACCGCCAAAGAGGCUGAACAAGAAAGGGAGAAAACUGAAGGAAGAAAAACUAGAAAAACCUCCAGAAACUCCUAUUGUUGAUCCUACAGUUAAAUUUGACAAGCAGCCAUGGUACAUUGAUGCAACAGGCGGUACCUUACAUCCUUACCAGCUGGAGGGACUGAACUGGCUGAGGUUUUCCUGGGCCCAGGGAACGGAUACGAUCCUUGCUGAUGAGAUGGGGCUUGGGAAGACGGUGCAGACCAUUGUGUUCCUGUACUCCCUGUACAAAGAGGGCCACUCGAAAGGGCCGUAUCUGGUUAGUGCCCCUCUCUCCACUAUUAUCAACUGGGAGCGAGAAUUUGAGAUGUGGGCACCUGACUUCUAUGUGGUGACCUACACGGGGGAUAAGGAAAGCCGGGCUGUGAUCCGAGAAAAUGAGUUCUCCUUUGAAGACAAUGCCAUCCGGAGCGGGAAGAAAGUUUUCCGAAUGAAAAAAGAAGCCCAGAUUAAAUUCCACGUCCUGCUCACAUCCUAUGAGCUGAUCACUAUUGAUCAGGCUGUUUUAGGCUCUAUAGAGUGGGCGUGUCUGGUGGUGGAUGAAGCUCACAGGCUGAAGAACAACCAAUCCAAAUUCUUUAGGGUAUUAAAUAGCUACAAGAUUGACUACAAGCUGCUGCUGACCGGAACGCCGCUCCAGAACAACUUAGAGGAGCUCUUUCACCUGCUCAAUUUCCUGACCCCGGAGAGGUUUAACAACCUGGAAGGAUUCCUGGAAGAGUUUGCUGACAUCUCCAAGGAGGACCAGAUAAAAAAACUCCAUGAUCUGUUGGGUCCCCAUAUGCUCCGGCGAUUGAAGGCAGAUGUGUUCAAGAACAUGCCUGCGAAAACGGAGCUGAUUGUGAGAGUGGAGCUCAGCCAGAUGCAGAAGAAGUAUUACAAGUUCAUCUUGACGAGGAAUUUUGAAGCCCUGAAUUCCAAAGGUGGUGGGAACCAGGUGUCGCUGCUCAACAUCAUGAUGGAUUUGAAGAAGUGCUGUAAUCACCCGUACCUCUUCCCUGUGGCUGCUGUGGAGGCGCCGGUUUUGCCAAAUGGAUCCUAUGAUGGGAAUUCUUUGGUUAAAUCUUCUGGGAAACUGAUGCUGCUGCAAAAGAUGCUGAAGAAGCUGCGAGAUGGGGGACACAGGGUCCUGAUCUUCUCCCAGAUGACAAAAAUGCUGGAUUUGCUGGAGGAUUUCCUGGAGUAUGAGGGUUACAAGUAUGAGCGGAUCGAUGGAGGGAUCACGGGAGGCCUGCGCCAGGAAGCCAUCGACAGGUUUAAUGCUCCUGGCGCUCAGCAGUUCUGUUUUCUUCUCUCUACCCGAGCUGGGGGUCUGGGCAUAAACCUUGCAACGGCCGACACCGUCAUUAUUUAUGAUUCUGAUUGGAAUCCACACAAUGACAUCCAGGCGUUCAGCAGAGCUCACCGCAUCGGACAGAACAAGAAGGUGAUGAUCUACCGCUUUGUGACGAGAGCCUCCGUGGAGGAGCGCAUCACCCAAGUGGCCAAGAGGAAGAUGAUGCUGACCCACUUGGUCGUCCGUCCAGGGCUGGGCUCCAAGUCGGGCUCCAUGACCAAGCAAGAGCUGGACGACAUUCUGAAGUUUGGGACAGAGGAGCUCUUCAAAGACGAUGUGGAAGGCAUGAUGUCGCAGGGCCAGCGGAUCACCAUGCCUGACCCUAUGACCCCCUUUCCCGAAGCACCGUCCUCCAAAGGGGGCGCCGUGACUCCCAGCAUGAAAAAGAAACAUGGCAGCACCCCGCCAGGGGACAAUAAGGAUGUGGAGGACAGCAGUGUGAUCCACUACGACGACGCUGCCAUCUCCAAGCUUCUGGAUCGGAACCAGGACGCCACUGAUGACACGGAGCUGCAGAACAUGAACGAGUAUCUCAGCUCCUUUAAAGUGGCCCAGUAUGUGGUGCGAGAAGAGGACGGUGUGGAGGAGGUUGAGCGAGAGAUCAUCAAACAGGAGGAGAACGUGGACCCCGACUACUGGGAGAAGCUGCUCAGACACCAUUAUGAGCAGCAGCAGGAAGAUCUGGCCAGGAACCUUGGCAAAGGGAAGAGGAUCCGCAAACAGGUCAAUUACAAUGAUGCCUCGCAAGAGGACCAAGAGUGGCAGGACGAGCUCUCCGAUAACCAGUCCGAAUACUCCAUCGGCUCCGAGGACGAAGAUGAAGACUUUGAAGAAAGACCCGAAGGUCAGAGUGGCAGGAGACAGUCACGGAGGCAACUGAAGAGCGACCGAGACAAGCCUCUGCCCCCUCUGCUGGCAAGAGUUGGGGGGAACAUUGAGGUGCUCGGAUUCAAUGCCCGUCAGCGCAAGGCCUUCCUGAACGCUAUCAUGCGGUGGGGCAUGCCGCCCCAGGACGCGUUCAACUCUCACUGGCUGGUCCGAGACCUUCGCGGGAAAAGUGAGAAAGAGUUUAGGGCUUAUGUCUCUCUGUUUAUGAGACAUUUAUGUGAGCCUGGAGCCGAUGGGGCUGAAACCUUUGCGGACGGCGUUCCCCGCGAAGGGCUAUCGCGCCAGCACGUGCUGACGAGGAUAGGAGUUAUGUCACUAGUAAGGAAGAAGGUUCAGGAGUUUGAGCAUGUCAAUGGGAAGUACAGCACCCCUGAUCUGAUCCCGGAGGGGCCGGAGGGCAAGAAAUCCAGCGAGGUUGUCUCUUCUGAUCCAAACACCCCUGUCCCAGCCAGCCCAGCACAUAUGCAGACUGGACCAGCGGCACAGCCAGACAAAACAGAAAUACAGUUGGGGUUCCAAGAGGAAAAGGAACAAAUGGAGCCAAAGCCCAAGAAGCCAGCUGAGAGCCAGGGUCCAGCAAGUGCAGAGAAAGCCGAGAAUGAAGAAAACCAAGAGAGCUCCGGAAACGAGGAGAAACCGAGAGAAGAGAAACAGGAAGAGAGCGAAAAGGCGGAGCCUUCGCCUGAGCGGCUGCCGGUGAGAGAUGAGGCAAUUCAGGAAAAAGAAAAGCCAUUGGAAAAGUCAGAAUUAAAUGCCUGCCAAGGUAAAGGGGAAGAUAAAGAGUACAAGCCAGAGGAUACCAAGGUGGACGAGAAGGAGCAGAGUGAGACUCAGCAAAAUGGUGAAAAAGAGGAAGAGGAGGAUGGGAAGAAGGAGGAUAAAAAUAUGAACUUUAGAUUCAUGUUCAACAUUGCUGAUGGUGGCUUUACAGAGUUGCACACGCUGUGGCAGAACGAGGAGAGAGCUGCCGUCUCCUCAGGCAAGAUCUAUGACAUCUGGCACCGGAGACAUGACUACUGGCUGCUGGCGGGAAUUGUUACCCACGGCUAUGCCCGCUGGCAGGACAUCCAGAACGACCCGCGCUAUGUGAUUCUGAAUGAGCCGUUCAAGUCGGAGAUACACAAGGGGAACUACCUCGAGAUGAAGAACAAGUUCCUCGCCCGACGGUUCAAGUUGCUGGAGCAGGCCCUGGUGAUAGAGGAGCAGUUGCGAAGGGCCGCGUACCUCAACAUGAGCCAGGACCCCAGUCACCCGGCCAUGGCACUGAAUGCCCGUCUGGCUGAAGUGGAGUGCCUUGCCGAAAGCCACCAGCAUCUCUCCAAAGAGUCCCUGGCUGGGAACAAGCCUGCCAAUGCUGUCCUGCACAAAGUUCUGAACCAGCUCGAGGAGCUGCUGAGUGACAUGAAGGCAGAUGUGACCCGCUUGCCCUCCAUGCUGUCCAGGAUACCACCAGUCGCCGCUCGCCUGCAGAUGUCUGAACGGAGCAUACUGAGUCGUCUCACUAACCGAGGAGGGGACCCCACAGUCCAGCAGGGCUCCUUUGGGUCCUCCCAGCUCUACAACAACAACUUUGGGCCAAACUUCCGAGGUCCUGGACCAGGUGGGAUUGUCAACUACAGUCAGAUGCCGCUGGGACCGUACGUGACCGCAACACCCAAUGGGCCGCCCUCCAGCCACCCCGAUAAAAAAGUAGCAGAGUCACUGAAAGAUGGUGCAGCCUUGGAACGCAAGGGGAAGCUCGGUGACAUCAUCUGCAUUGAAGACUAAUUCUCAGCCCAGUGGGUGUUGGGGCCAGGCGCUGCCUUGCUCACAUUUAAAGUGUUCUUCAAAACAAACCGCCCCCCCAGCCCAUUUCAAGAACUUCUUAGAAGGGGAUUUCAUUUCCUUGUACAUUUUUUGCACUUUCUUAUUGAAGACUUGAAGAGUUUGUCUUGACAAUGUUGGCUGACGGGAUUAUCUAGUAACAGUAUUUAUGUCUCUGUUUUUAUCGACAUGGAUCAGAGUUAAAGGGAGAGCGCAUUGGAAGCUCUGUUUCUAGUCCAGUUACCCAAAGGUGUCAGUUAGGAGCCAGGCUUAAUUCUUUUCUGUAGCCUCCUAGGUUCGUUCGAUUGUUAUGUCCGUUUUGUGUUUGAGCAAAUGCAUGCACACGUCAAGCCCUUCAGCCGCUGUUCUGCUGCCAAAUGUCCCGUGUAUGCGCAGGGAGAAUGCGCCCGCUGUCCUGCCAACUCUCCGCAGGCAUCAAGGGAGAACACACCUGCUGUGCUGCUCGAUAUGCCUGGUAUGUCGUCCUAUUCCAGGAUCUCGCCAGCUGGGAAUGGGUUAAAUGAGCUUGUGUUUAGAUUUCCUGACUGCUCACUGACUCCUGGCCGGUAUCCAACACACCAAUUGCCUAGCCUGUGCUGACGGAGGGCAGUUUUCUGAGCGAAUACACAGCUCGAGCGGGGCUAGCAGACAGCGUGGGAUUCAGGGGGGGUCGAAGCCCUGGGUGUGUUAGGAUGACAUGAGCUAGAAUGUGGGUGCUGUAGUUACCUCCAUAGCCACUUGUGGGCCAGACAUGAGAACGUGCCAAGUGAACAGCGUCCUGGGACCUUCCUGCGUGGCCCAGAGUGCGGACAGCUGGCAUCUGGCUUCACAGGUAACACGCAGCGGGGGGAGCUGGGGAUUGUUGGUGGAAGCAGGAGUUUAUGAGGGGAUUGGUGAGCAGGUCCCUGCCUCUGGGCUGCCCUGCAGGCUGCCGGGGCACCAGGUCACUGCAUGCCCCAAGAAACCUCUCUCCCAGCCAGGUGUGAGAGCUGAGUUGCUGACAGUGCAGUCUUUGCUGUUACGUUAGCUGAGGCCUAGGGUUUGCUGUAUCCAUUUACUGAGCCACAGGGCUGGGGGCUUCCUUCGUACCGGGCCAGUGAAUAAAAGGGCAGCCCGUCUGCCUUGCCUGCCCCAGGCUAGUGCCCGAGGGAAGCUUCGCUGUCCCCACCUCCUUUGCCCACGCUAAUCUGCCUUUCCCAGCACAUGCCUGUGGUGACCAGCAGCGGCUUGUGAUGAAAGCCGCCCACCCCCCUGCGCGCUGGCAGAGCUGCUGCCGGGCAAGCUCUGGUGUCUGGCCAUGCACGAAGCAGUGCCGAGGGCUCAGGGAUGGCUGUGGAGCUGCCGCCCUACUGCUGUCCCCAUACGCAGGCUGUUAGCUAAGGGUUGUGUGUGGGAGGGAACUCCACGCCCAGCCGGAGCCGCUGCCUCUCCGCACCUGACCUUCCCAGCACCUUGGCACAGAGGCUGAUUGCCAGGACAGGAGCGAGGAGUGUCAGGGAAGUGCUCCUAGGUCAAACGCUGCACCUCGCCAUCACCCCCUCCUCCCUGCGUAUCCAGCUCUGCUCCCGCCUGGGCUUGGUGGUUUGCUGGAUUCUGGAGGUUGAACUGGAGCAGAGCGAGGAAGCGUUCGCCCCCAGACCCACAGCCCUACCCCGGCUUGGCUUGGGGAGCGAUUGCUGGGACAGUGGAAGACAUCCGGCCUCUGGGCACAUUGUGAUGGUCUCCUCUGGACCAUUCGCCGCUGUUGAGAGCAGGGGCGAACGCAGCGCAGAAGGCUGUGGCUGGCAUACUCACUUGUCUGGCUAGGUCUCCCUGCACUGCGCCAGCUUUCCGCCUCCUGGCUCUGGGCUAACGGCACUCAGUGGCAGGAAGAGCACGGUGCCUGAGAACAGCAGGGCCAGUAUUAACUCUGCAGCAGUAGCUUUGCACCCCGUCCUCUCCCUCCACAGGGCAGGCUGGCUGCCCCCAGCACAAUCUGACCCACGUCUCGCAGGAAAAAGAAGGGCUGUCAGUGCUCACGCCCAGAACGGGCCUGUGAGGGGUACCAGGGUCUCCCACAGGGAAGGACAAUGCAGCGUGCACUCUAGUGGUGGGGACACAUGCACUGGUGGGUGAAAUGCGUUCUGUAAGAGCCGGGCCUGGCGCUCCUGAGACCCAGCUGCUGGCAGCAGACACUGAAGGGAGUUGCAAACAUUGGCUUCGUCUGUGCAGGCAGGCCCCGGUCUAGUGCAGAGGCAGCCAAUGCACUGUGGCCUGCCACCUUAUGUUGGGGCAAGAAGAUUUUUAAUGCGUUCAAAGGCUUCUAAUGGAGGGGAAAUUAGCAACUCUCAUAGUUCAUAUCUCUGCUGUUUACAGAGCUACCAGUGUGUUCUUCUGUCCAAAGUUUGUUUGUGAUGGUUCCCUCCUGAAUGGCUAGAUUUCCUGUAGCAGUGUUUUGUUUUGUUUUGGGUAAGAUUACUUGCCACUAGGCUGUGUUUGAACCAUUUCCAUUCACCCCCCCUCCCCCGCCCCCUCUGACUGCCCAUCACCUCCCCCCUCCCCAAGUCCAAAUGAGAUGAGAGUUUUAAAAGGCUCUCAUGGCUGGUUAUGAUAAACUGGCUAAAAAUGCCCCCCUCUCCCCCAACCUACUCACCCCACAAAGCUUUUUAACCUGCUUUUUUUCUACUACACAGUAGAUUCCCACCAGUAACUGUACCAGGGAAAGGCGCUGAUGCCUGGACACUGGGGCCAGUAGUAACUCCUCCCACCAACACUGUCUGCCACAGACGUGAUUAUGCAACAAUUCUGAGCAAGUUGUAAAAGCUCCCGUGAAAUACAGACUGAGGCAGUGAAGAUUGCGGGGAAUAGACUAGGGAAAACCGGAAGCAUUUAAAGCUACUUUGCCUUCAUGAUUCUUGGUUUGUUAUUUUGUGAUACUCAAUGAACCGUGCUGACCUUUUGUAGGAGCGUUUCUGGCGGCUGUAGCCAGCACGAAUCACAUUUACUUUGUACUCCGUGUGUAUUUGUUUUUGUUUUCUGUGUUUUAAUAAAUCCUUUAAGAAAAGGA